GGAUAAAGAAGCUAUUGUAACUUCAAAAAUGUCAGUUGCUGAUCAAGAAGGUGUUGAAAGUCUCAUUCCAUGCAAUAAUGAAUGCGGAGGAAACUACGAAAAAUACCGUUUUGGUCAAACCGAUAAAGAGGUUGAAGUCUUUGUUCCUUUGGAUAAUGAAACCACUUCAAAGCACCUUAAAGUGUCUAUUGCACCGAAUAACUUGCAUGUCAACGUAAAGGGGGUAACAAUUUUAUCCGGAAAGCUUUUCAAGCCAAUCAAGGCUACUGAAAGUACAUGGCUUAUCAGAGACCGAGAAUUGGUUGUAGUGUUAGUAAAAACCAAUUUAAAAUAUGAAGAGUGGUGGCCCCUAGUAGUUGAAGGAGAAGUUCAGAUCAACAUGAAAACACUUAAACCUCCCGAAGUCCAUAUGGCAGAAUUAGAUGAAGGAGCACGAGCCACAAUAGGUCGUCUGAUGUUUGAUCAACAGCAAAAACGUGCCGGAAAAGUCACAAGUGAGGAAUUUAUGCUUACGGAAUAAUGAAAAACAUCUCAGGAUUUAUUGUUAUUAUUAGACUAAAA